GGCAAUUGACGUUCCGCAUUUCUCCCCGAGCGCGUUGACGUCGUGGCACGCGUCGGCGCCUUUGAUACCCCCACGGCUCCAAAUACCCUUCUAUCUUGCCUCAAACCGCCAUCUUGUCGCAUUCGCCAGCAAUUCAAUCGCCCAGAGUCAUCAAGCGCGCUCGCGACAAUGGCCAACAUGAUCUCCCGCCCGUCUUCGUCGCCCCCCGAAUCAUCAUCGAGCGCUGGUCAUGAUUGCCAUACUCCCGAGGUGCCACGGGACAAGCUCCCCCCGGUGGAGACAAGGAUCUGCUACCACUGCGAUCACACCCUUGUCUGCGAGAACCGGGACCUCAGGAAGGCCAUCCAGCCCGUAUACGCCGCACUACGGGGAGGGAUAUCCCGCAUGCACGUCAACCCCGACGCCAUUGACGAACAGAUCGCCAUAUAUGAGUCCGAUAUUGGCCGCUACGACGACGAAAUCGUCGAUCUCGAGAAGGUUAUGCGCGAGCUGAAGAGGAAGCGCGGGGAGCUACAACGCGUAGCGGACGCCAACCGAUCCCUCAUCUCCCCCAUCCGCCGCCUCCCCCUUGAAAUCUUGACCACCAUAUUCCGCUACGUGCAGGAUAUCCCGGAUGUACGCCUGCCUCUGCAGCUACGCAAGAACGUCUGCCAGAGGGUGUGCCACUCAUGGAGAACGAUCAUCCUCUCCAAUCACGCCGAGUUCCUCCCUCACCUCAUCGCAAGGGGGCAGACGCCAGAGCAUAUCGAGCGCCGGCGCCGUGCGCUACACGAGCAGCUCGCCAUCACAGCACCGAAACCCUUCUCGCUGGUCAUCGAGGACUUCAGCAGCAUCCUGAUGCAUGGCAGUGAACGAGAGGACUAUGGGCUCCCUCUUGAGCAGCCAAUCACCGAGGAUCCUAUAUUCGCCAACUCCGAGCGUUGGCGCUCAGCCAAGAUAUCCCUCGGACCGCGCACCCUCCGCAGUUUAGCUGGUUUUGAAGGCGCAGUCCCCCAGUUGACCACUCUGUCGCUGUCCUCCGAUAGGCCAUUUCCUGGCGAAGACUUUGAGUCCGUGUCGCAACUACGCAUGUUUGCAGACGCACCCCGCCUAAGGACAGUGAUGCUGUGCCCGCCGUUCUAUCCGAAUCGCACCGCGUUGCCGUACGAGCAGCUCACGCACAUCACGGUCAUUGGGAUGGACUGGUCUCAUAUCGCCUACCUCUUCGAACACUGUCGCAAACUCGUCCUUGCGCGCAUAUACGCCGGCAGGGGCCCUUCGCCAACAGAUGCGAUCGCGGAGACUUGCGCCACGAAGCUCGACGUCGAGACCAACAAUCACACUUUCUUGCCACAAACACCAGCGCCUGUGACUCGCUCGCCAUUCACCGUCAUCUCGGCGCCACGACUAUCAAGGCUGGUCCUACACAGUCUUCCGGACUGCGACGCACUCGAGGAGAUGAUCCAGCGGUCAGGCUGCAAGAUCACGAGUCUCAUCCUGACCUUGCGGUUUUUGCGGGGGACGAACGUCAGUGCGCAGAUCGUCCGGCGGAUAGUCGAGAUCAUGCCCCACGUCCGCAAUUUCGAGGUCACCCUCGAUGUGCUGGAGGGCGCGGCGACGUUCAUCCAGCUGCUCUUCGCGGAGAUGAGCGCGUUGACCUGCGAGGGAAAGCCGCGCGUGCUGCCCGUCCUGCGCCGCUUCUCCUUCACGCUCAUCGGUCGGCGCCCGGUGUGCGACCAGGAGCUGGUGCAGCUCGUCGCGGCGCGGAUGCAGUGCCCCGAGUUUAUGUGCUUGGAGGUCAAGUGCCCGCUGCCGGACGCGCGCAUCAAGGAGCUGCGGGCGUUCUCGGAGCGCGGGCUCGAGGUGUAUGGCCUGAAUGACUGCGACCUGAAGUCCGUGGCCAUCAAUCGUGGAAUGUAUCUUGACCUUCACCUGCACGGCCAUUGAUGUGACGACUGUCAGCUUGUUUUGUAGGAUCUGCGCAAGGAUGUGUACUGGUAUGUUCCCCGCCUGAGCACUUGUGGACGUUCGCUGUAUACGUGCUGUACUUCUAUAACCGAUCUCGUUUGACUUCAAUGCUUUCGGGGAAAACUAUCGCAGAGCGAUGAUAUCUGGUUAGUUCUACCAGACGUUACUGUACGUCUAAGCGCAGUUUAUACAGCUCGAUCCCAUCCCAGUCAUCCUUUGCCCAAUGCACACCUCCCCUUUCCAAUGCCUUCACUAGCUUGCGCUGCGGGACCUUAUCGAUCACGAACUGCCAGACAUCCUUCGCGUCUCCAAGGAGCCUAUCUGCGACAGCUGGAUCGCGACGCUCGAGACAUAGAAGCACGACCGGCUUGCGCACUCUCGACGCGUUGCAGAUUGCAUGUAGGGUCCGCAGAAGCGGCGCUACUAGCUCUGGC